AUGGCUGACUUACCUGUCUUUAGAGUUAAUUAUGCACCAGUGUUCAGCCAUUGUGGAGUUGAUUUUGCAGGACCUUUCAGUACUAAACCCUCAGUUGGACGUUCAAGAAUUGUAUCCGAAACAUAUUUAGCUCUCUUCAUUUGCCUGACCUCCAAGGCUGUACACCUAGAAAUAGUGAGUGAUUUAUCAGCUGAUACCUUCAUCGCCACCUUGAAACGUUUUGUUGUGAGGCGAGGCUACCCAACUAAAAUGUAUAGUGAUUAUGGUACAAAUUUUACUAGUACACAUCAUAAACUACAUGAGGUGUAUAAACUGUUGAGCUCCCAACAAUUGAACAAAGCCCUGAAUACUUUCUGUUUGUCCAGAGAGAUAGACUGGUACUUUAUCCCACCAACUUCGCCCCAUUUUGGUGGUAUUUGGGAAGCUAAUAUCAAAUCUUUUAAACGCAUACUCCAACACAUCACUCUUAAUAGUGUAUUUAUAUAUGAAGAUUGA